AUGUUCUUCUGCCUCCGGUACACUCCUGUGGGGCGGUCCUUCUUCUCUCCCCCCGAGGGAUACUACCACCCGCUGGGAGGAGGCCGCGAGGUGUGGUUCGGGUUCCAUCAGUCGGUCCGUCCCGCCAUGUGGAAAAUGAUGCUCAACAUCGACGUGUCCGCUACGGCCUUCUACAAAGCUCAGCCUGUCAUCGAGUUCAUGUGUGAGGUUUUGGACAUCCGCAACAUCGACGAGCAGCCGAAAACUCUCACCGACUCCCAACGAGUGCGCUUCACCAAGGAAAUCAAAGGUCUAAAGGUGGAGGUGACGCACUGUGGGCAGAUGAAGAGAAAGUACAGAGUAUGCAACGUGACGCGACGUCCUGCCAGCCACCAGACGUUCCCGCUCCAGCUGGAGAGUGGGCAGACCGUAGAAUGUACCGUGGCUCAGUACUUCAAGCAGAAGUACAACCUGCAGCUGAAAUACCCCCACCUGCCCUGCCUCCAGGUGGGGCAGGAGCAGAAGCACACCUACCUGCCUUUAGAGGUGUGUAACAUUGUAGCGGGUCAGAGAUGUAUCAAGAAGCUGACAGAUAAUCAGACCUCCACCAUGAUCAAAGCCACCGCCCGCUCGGCCCCGGACCGACAGGAGGAGAUCAGUCGCCUGAUGAAAAACGCCAACUUCAACCUGGACCCGUACAUCCAGGAGUUUGGGAUCAAAGUGAAAGACGACAUGGCCGAAGUGACGGGCCGCGUGCUCCCAGCUCCGAUCCUACAGUACGGAGGAAGGAAUCGGGCCAUAGCGACUCCUAACCAGGGCGUGUGGGACAUGAGGGGGAAGCAGUUUUAUAACGGCAUCGAGAUCAAAGUCUGGGCCAUCGCGUGUUUCGCUCCACAGAAACAGUGCAGAGAGGAAGUCCUGAAAAACUUCACAGACCAGCUGCGUAAGAUCUCUAAGGAUGCUGGGAUGCCGAUCCAGGGCCAGCCUUGUUUCUGUAAAUACGCCCAAGGAGCAGACAGUGUGGAGCCCAUGUUCAGACACCUCAAAAACACAUAUUCUGGACUGCAGCUCAUCAUCGUCAUCCUCCCGGGGAAAACACCGGUCUAUGCGGAGGUGAAGCGUGUGGGGGAUACUCUCCUGGGCAUGGCCACACAGUGCGUCCAGGUGAAGAAUGUGGUGAAGACGUCUCCACAGACUCUCUCCAACCUCUGCCUCAAGAUCAACGUGAAGCUGGGAGGCAUCAACAACAUCCUGGUCCCUCAUCAAAGGUCGGCAGUGUUCCAGCAGCCGGUCAUCUUCCUGGGAGCAGACGUCACUCAUCCUCCGGCCGGCGACGGCAAGAAACCCUCCAUCACUGCUGUGGUAGGCAGUAUGGACGCCCAUCCCAGCAGAUACUGUGCCACGGUGCGGGUGCAGCGGCCGCGGCAGGAGAUCAUCGAGGACCUGUCCUACAUGGUGCGAGAACUGUUGAUCCAGUUCUACAAGUCCACACGCUUCAAACCCACCAGGAUCAUCUUCUACAGGGACGGGGUUCCAGAAGGACAGCUGCCACAGAUUCUCCACUAUGAGCUCCUGGCGAUCCGAGACGCCUGCAUCAAACUGGAGAAGGAUUAUCAGCCCGGCAUCACUUACAUCGUCGUGCAAAAACGCCACCACACUCGGCUUUUCUGUGCGGACAAGUCUGAAAGGAUUGGAAAAAGUGGUAAUAUUCCAGCAGGGACCACGGUGGACACCAGCAUCACUCAUCCCUUUGAGUUCGACUUCUACCUGUGCAGCCACGCAGGGAUCCAGGGUACCAGCAGACCGUCUCAUUACUACGUUCUAUGGGACGACAACCGUUUCACUGCGGACGAGUUGCAGAUCUUAACGUACCAGUUGUGCCACACGUACGUGCGCUGUACCCGCUCCGUCUCCAUCCCUGCUCCCGCCUACUACGCUCGACUUGUAGCCUUCAGGGCGCGGUACCACCUGGUGGACAAGGAGCACGACAGUGGAGAGGGGAGCCACGUGUCGGGUCAGAGUAACGGCCGGGACCCUCAGGCGUUGGCCAAAGCUGUGCAGAUCCACCAUGACACCCUGAGGACCAUGUACUUCGCCUGA